GGAACCCAAACUUGUGCAGUAAUGUGUGUUUUUCUCGUUUGAAAUGUUUUUUCCCUUGACAAGCUCUUCCUACAGAUGUUCUAGUUUGUCCUCUUCGCGUCGUUGAAAGAUUUCGAGAUCUUCGUCCUGAUGAGGUGGCAGAUCUGUUCAUGACCACACAGAGAAUAGCUGAUGUGAUUGAGAAACACUUUCAGGCGUCCUCCCUAACCAUUGCCAUUCAGGACGGACCUGAGGCAGGACAGACGGUGAAGCAUGUCCAUGUUCACGUGCUUCCGAGGAAGGCUGGAGACUUCGAUAAGAACGACAGCAUCUAUGAUGAGCUCCAGAAACAUGAUCGGGAAAACGAGGAUGUUCCUUCCAAAUGGCGAUCAGAAGAGGAGAUGGCCAAAGAGGCGACACAAUUGCACGGCCUCUUCAACUAGCUUAGCCAGGGGUGGAAGACCUGCAGAUGGAGGGCAUCAACAAGUUGAUAGAUGUUCUUAUCUAUCUUUUUGACCGUUU